AUGACAACGGACGACAAAUCCCUUAUCAAGGGCGGCCGCCAAGCGAGACUGCUUUCAACGUGUACGACAUGGAAAGCGCUGGCCUUUCUGGUUUCCGCCGGAGAUGACGAGGUGUAUUACCGUGAGAACAGUAAGUCAUUUCAACGUGUGUUUCUGCGACCACGAAUUUUGGGCAAUGUAAAGACAAUCGACCUGUCGGUCAAGUCUUGUCUAGGCGUAGAUCACAAGCUGCCGUUCAACGUAAGCGCAACGGCUUUGGGAAAGUUGUACGGACCCGGCUGGAGAAGUUGCGAUUAG